AUGACUGGAGCAAACCAGUCGAGUGUCUCUGAGUUCCUCCUCCUGUGGCUCUCCAGGCAGCCCCAGCAGCAGCAGCAGCUCCUCUUCGGGCUCUUCCUGAGCAUGUACCUGGUCACAGUCCUGGGAAACCUGCUCAUCAUCCUGGCCAUCAGAACAGACUCCCGCCUGCACACCCCCAUGUACUUCUUCCUCAGCAACCUGUCCUCUGUGGACAUCUGCUUCUCCUCUGCCACCAUCCCCAAGAUGCUAGCCAACCACAUACUCAGGACUCAGACAAUCUCCUUCUCUGACUGUCUAACACAGAUAUAUUUUAUCAUUGUGUUUGCAGACCUGGACAAUUUCCUCCUGUCUGUGAUGUCCUAUGACCGCUUUGUUGCUGUAUGCCACCCCUUACACUACACAACAAAGAUGACUCCUCAGCUCUGUGCUCUGAUGGUCACUGUGUCAUGGGUCAUUGCCAAUCUGAAUGCUUUGCUGCAUACUCUACUGUUGGCUCGACUCUCAUUCUGUGCAGACAACACGAUCCCCCACUUCUUCUGUGAUGUGGUUCCUCUCCUGAAGCUCUCCUGUUCUGACACACACCUCAAUGAGAUGAUGGUUCUUAUGGUUGCAGGGCCAAUAAUGAUUGCUCCAUUUAUUUGCAUCCUCAUCUCAUACAUCCUUAUUACUUGUGCAGUUCUGAGAAUCCCAUCCACAAAGGGGAAACUGAAAGCCUUCUCCACCUGUGGCUCCCACCUGGCUGUGGUUUUCCUCUUCUAUGGCACCAUCAUUGCUCUGUAUUUCAACCCUUCAUCCUCCCACUCAGCAGAGACAGAGAUCACAGCUGCUGUGAUGUACACAGUGGUGACCCCCAUGCUGAACCCUUUCAUCUACAGCCUCAGGAACAAGGAUAUGAAAGGGGCCUUAAGAAAAAUAUUAAGCAUGAAUAUUCAUAUUUAUAUUAGCCAUUCAAGUUUCUUGUUCUAA